GAAAACUCAAAACAAAUGUUGUACUUCCGGUUCAACAAAUCAGCGCGCGGAAUUUGUGUGAUUGUCGGCUUUUUGACAGCACAGGACUCACAAGUAUUAUCUUGGGAAUCAAACUUCUCUUAAAAUAAGUAGAUAGUUUGCCGAAAUAUAUGGUGUAAGGUAUGGUUUCAGUUUUGUCAAUGUAUUGAAACGCGAAGCUUUACCCGUUAAAGGAUAUUAACGUAAGCCAGCCAGGAGCACAGCUUUGACUGAAUGGAGGGUGACAGAAUGGAGAUAGAAAACCAGAAACUGAACAUCAAUGUGGAGGUUCAUGUUAAAUCUCACAGCACAGCGAAGCUCUGUGAUGUGAAGACGCAUGUUCUGUCCCUGCUGGAUCGACACAGCAUGGUUUUUGGAAACUACAGAUGGACAGAGUUUGAUGAAGACUUUAUGCAGAGAAAUGUAGAAACCGUGGCCCUUGUUGAUCUGGAGGAUAUAAUAACACAGCCCCUCAACUUGAAGAACUGCUCAAUCUCUGUCCACAUCUUCACACUGAACGAGGAUGGACCAAGCACACUCAGUUUGGAGGACGAUGAGGAGCUUUCAGCAGCCAAUCACUGGUUACUGCCAGCAGCUGAAUUCCAUGGGAUUUGGGAGAGUCUGGUCUAUGAGAGUGGAGUCAAAACUCAGCUCCUGGAUUACGUCACAACAACCAUUUACUUCUCCGACAAAAAUGUGGACAGCAACUUGAUUUCAUGGAACCGUGUUGUGCUGCUCCAUGGACCUCCAGGCACUGGGAAAACAUCACUGUGCAAAGCUCUUGCCCAGAAGCUGUCAAUCAGACUGUCAAGUCGGUAUUCAUACGGGCAAUUUGUUGAGAUAAACAGCCACAGCUUGUUCUCCAAGUGGUUCUCAGAGAGCGGUAAGCUGGUCACAAAGAUGUUUCAAAAGAUCCAACAGCUGAUUGAUGACAAAGAUGCUCUGGUGUUUGUUCUUAUUGAUGAGGUGGAGAGUCUGACAGCAGCUAGGAGUGCCUGCCAGGCAGGAACAGAGCCCUCUGAUGCCAUCCGAGUGGUCAACUCUGUCCUCACUCAGUUGGAUCAGAUCAAACGACAUUCCAACGUCGUGAUCCUGACGACCUCCAACUUGACAGAAAAGAUAGACUUGGCGUUCGUGGACAGAGCUGACAUCAAGCAGUACAUCGGACCUCCAUCUGAGAAGGGCAUCUACAACAUCUACCUCUCCUGUUUGGAAGAGCUCAUGAAGUGUCAGAUCAUCUACCCCCGGCAGCAGCUCUUCACCAUGUUUGAACUUGAAACCAUGGGCUUUGCAAAGAGUGAAGUGUCUGACCACAGCCUGAGGCUAAGGAGCAUUGCUCUAAAAAGCAAAGGAUUGAGUGGAAGAGCGCUCAGGAAGUUACCGUUUCUAGCCCAUGCACUAUUUGUGAAGACACCGACAGUGACUCUUGAGAACUUUCUGGACGCGAUGGACCGAGGAGUGGAUAAACAGAAGGAGGAGAAUGUCAACCUGGUUAAUGGAAUCUGACAGACAACCAAAGCUGAUACGCAUCAUUCUGAAAUCUCAAUCUUAUACCUCCGUUAGUCAUUUUUCUCUUCAUUGUUUUUUUUAAUAAAGCUUUAUUAAUUCAUUUGGCAGUUACAUUUUGUUAAAUGUAUUGGCAUGUAACUUUGUUUUAACAGAUGCUCACAAAAGUCUUCGCUCAGGUUGCUUUGUCGGUGCUACUCCUUUUAAAACGCCAAACCAUUUUUGUUUCAGUCUAAGAAGUUCAGCUUGACCCAAGAGUUUUGUAUUUUGAAAUAUUUUCUGUGUAAAAUGAAAAACCAUAACCUUAAAGCUCCUGUUUCCUUUUGUUCAUAUUCAUAUCGGUGACUGUUCUUUUACUUAAUUCUAUGCGCACACAUCAGCUCAGUCUGUGGAUUCUGUUGGAAUGGUUAAUAUUUUGGCAGACAAACAGUGAAGAUGAUGCUGUUUGUUCUAAGAGGUUAACAGUUGCUAAAUCGUUAAGAUGUCUCCAUUUACAGAAUCUUUAAAAUGAGCUGAUGUCCAUGUUUGAUAUCAAUUUAUGUUGGAAACUGUCCCUUUAAUGUAUUUUUUGCACUGUUUUUAACUGAAAAGGGAUCUUACAUGUCGACUAACAGCAGAAAACUUCAAAUAUAUCUAUUAGAGUUCUGUAUUUAUACUAAUUCCUUUUCAUCUGCGUUCUCACACCUUCAUUUUGUUUAUAACAUUGUAAUAAAUGUCAGGAGUAACAGCA